AUGGACGUUAGUAGCUUGUAUACAGUAAUCCCCCAUACAGAUGGCAUUGAGGCUAUGCGACAGGUAUUAAGUGAAUCCCCGUUGUAUCGGGGCCCACCUGUUGAAUUUGUUUUGGAAUUUUUGUCAUUGAUUCUUUACAAUAACCACUUUAGGUUCGAAGAUCAGUGGUACCUACAGGUGGCAGGAACAUCGAUGGGGUCUUCUAUGGCCCCUAUGUACGCCAAUGUGUUCAUGUAUAUAUAUGAGACCCAACAUAUACUUACACCUUAUCGAGAAAACAUCAUUAGCUUCUACCGCUAUAUAGAUGAUCUAUUAAUACUUUGGCGAGGGACGUUGACUGAGGCACAUGAGAUGGUGAAUGAAUUAAAAGUGCUACCAACGCCCAUCAGAUUUACGGCCAACAUCAGUGAUGAAAAAGUCAAAUUUUUAGAUUUGGAGUUGUCUUAUGAAUUUAAUAAGAUACAGUAUACAUUAUACACGAAACUCACGGACCGCAAUACUUUGUUGCAUGCACGUAGUGCACAUCCUAUUAUGUUGAAAAAUUCUAUUCCAAAGAGUAAUUUGCAACAAUUCAAACCAGGAUAA